UCCGUUUGAAUUCAUUAGGAGAAAAAGGUAUCUCCAAAAAGCUCCAAUUUUCCGGAAGCAAUUCCUUCAGAACCCAGAACCCAGAACCCGAAACUCCCCCAAAAUCUCAAUCUUAGAAGACCUCGUUAAUUGUCUUACCAUGGCGAAGGAACAGCAGCAAUCGCCAAUCUCAGUCUCAGAAGCCGUAUACAAGCUCCAACUCUCUCUUCUCCAAGGCAUUCGCGAUGGCAACCAUCUUUUCGCAGCUGGUUCGAUCAUGUCCCGCUCCGAUUACAACGACGUCGUAACGGAGCGCUCAAUCGCCAACCUCUGUGGUUACCCUCUCUGCUUCAAUUCUCUACCUCCUAAUCCUCCCCGUAAAGGUCGCUUCCAUCUUUCCCGCAAGGACCAGAAGAUUCUAGACCUGCGUGAGACCAACAUGUAUUGCUCCUCUGAUUGUUUUAACGGCAGCAAAGCCUUUGCUUCUGGGUUUUUGAAGGAAGAGAGGUGUUCGCCUCUGGAUUUGGCGAAGAUUCGCUCGGUUCUCAAGCUGUUUGAGGAGGAGGAUCAUGAUGAUUCGGUUUUGGAAGGUGAUGUUGGGGAUUUGGGAUUGUCUGGGUUGAAGAUUGAGGAGAAGACGGGAACUCGUGUUGGUGAUGUGGAUUUGGAGCACUGGGUUGGUCCUUCAAAUGCAAUUGAAGGGUAUGUCCCCCAGAGAGAGCAAAUGUCCAAGCAGUUUGCUUCGAAAAGUCCCAAACAAGAGUCUAAAGCUAACAGUACUAAGACGACCAGUACGAAAGAUCUCCUCGUCAAUGAGAUUGAUUUUAUGAGCACCAUAAUUACCAACGAUGAAUAUAGUGUGUCUAAAAUGCGGUCGGGAUUAACGGAUACUAAAUUCGAUGAAAAAUUAAGAGAACCAAAGAGAAAUUUGAGUGGCGAUGCUGCGAAGAAUCAGUUCACUGUAUUGGAAACAUCAUCUACUACUAUAAAUGGGAAUGAUUCUGAAAGGAAAGCUAUACAAUCGAAAGGGGAAAGUAGCAAAAUUGCCUUGGAGAAUGAGCUUGGCGUUCAAGAAUUGCCUUCAACUUCAACUCGCUACAAAAGUGGUUCACAUGCAAGUACUGGACAAGCAGAAGAGGAACCCCAAGUAGAGAAGGCAGAUAUAUCAAAUGAAGCAACCCUUAAACCUUCCCUUAAACCUGCAGGGACAAAGAAACUUAGACGCUCCGUUACCUGGGCUGAUGAGAAAACUGAUAGCACUGGGAUUAGAAAUCUUCUUGAGGUUAGAGAAAUUGAAGAUAUGAAUCUUGAUAUGGACAAACUGUCUCUUAACCCUUCAGGGGCAAAGAAAGUCAGUCACACUCUUACCCAGGACACUGAAAGGAUUGAAAGCAGGGGUAGUAGAAGUCUUUGUGACAUUAGAGAAAUGGAAGAUAGGAAAGAAGCUCCUGAUGUUUCAUUUAGUAAGUAUGUGGAAGAAAAAGAUGAUAUGUUGCGUUUUUCUUCAGCGGAGGCAUGUGCAAUAGCAUUGGGCGAGGCAUCAGAAGCUGUAGCCUCAGGAGAAUCUGAUGUCACUGGUGCCAUGUCUGAAGCUGGAAUUAUCAUAUUUCCACAUCAGGAGGAUGCUGAUGAAGGGGAAUCUUCGGAGGAUGUUGAUGAAGGAGAAUCUUCAGAGGAUGUUGAUGAAGAGGAGUCUUUGAUAGAUGUUGAUGCUUCUGAACCAGAAAAAGCUCCUCAAAAGUGGCCAAUAAAGCCUGGAACUAAACACUCUGAUAUGUUUGACCCUGAGGAUUCUUGGUUUGAUGCACCACCUGAGGGUUUCAGUUUAACAUUAUCGUCUUUUGCAACAAUGUGGAAUGCAUUAUUUACAUGGACGACAUCAUCUACUUUGGCUUAUAUAUGUGGACGGGAUGAGAGUCUUCAUGAAGAGUAUCUAUCAGUCAAUGGGAGGGAGUACCCCCAGAAGAUUGUCUUGGGAGAUGGUCGUUCUUCUGAAAUCAAGCAAACUCUGGCUGGUUCUCUUGCUCGAGCUUUACCUGGAGUUGUUGUGCAGCUCAAGCUGCGAAUUCCAAUAUCUAAUUUAGAGAAAGGAAUGGGGCGCUUGUUGGAUACAAUGUCUUUCACUGAAGCACUACCAGCACUUAGGAUGAAGCAAUGGCAAGUGAUUGUCCUUCUUUUUAUCGAGGCUCUAUCUGUUUGUAGGCUUCCUGCAUUAACCCCACACAUGACAAAUAGAAGGAUGCUUCACAAGGUGUUGGAUGGUACCCAAAUAAGUGCAGAAGAGUAUGAGGUUAUGAAGGAUCUCAUAAUACCUCUUGGGCGAGCACCUCAUUUCUCGGCUCAGAGCGGUGCUUAAUGGAAGAACUUAGUAACUUUUAUCAGCUUUAUGAUAUCGGCAAUGUUUUUCCUUUCCUUGCUACCAAGGCUUCCUAUAAUAUAUGCUGCCAAAUAUGUGGUUUUGUUCCAAGAACCAACUUGGAGUUGUAUCAGAGAUUUGAUCAUGGACAUGGAAGGUAGACUUUGACAGUGUAACAAUUUGGGUUUUAGUUCUUGAAAUGUGAGAAAAGCUAAUAUCAGUACAACACUUUUAGGAAAUGACAUACAGUACAACACUUUUAGGAAAUGACAUACUUUCUAAUUGAUACUAAACUGUGUUAAAUUUUGAAGUUUAAUUGUGAAUGUUCCCUGAAUAUUCCAUGGUGGCAUUUUUGAUAUGUCAAGCGUAGUCAUAUAUGUGUGUGUUGAAAAUUUGUUUAUAUAUGUUGAAAAUUUAGGAAAAAAAUUUCAAAGUUGAGAAUUUUGACAUUAAUGUGAUAGUUUGCCAUACUUUAUCAUGCGAAUGCCAAAUGGGAUAUAUGGAUUAAAUUCCACUGCUAAGCAUGAAGAAGCACCUUCAACCAGUCAUUCUUGUAAUGUCAUUAGGGCCCCCUUAAAACUCUUUUUUUUUUUUUUUUUGUUGGUGAAUCGGUUAAUCAAAUUAUUAUUAUUAUUAUUAUUUUUUGUGAUCAUAUUGAAUCGGUUAAUCAAAUUAUGAAGAGGUGGUCUUUGAAUAUUUUAGUCAAAUUUGUACUGUAUUUUAAAAAUCAAUACGUUUAAUUUUACAAAUAUAUUGCAUUUUCAUGGUUGAUUAAAAACCUAAAUGCAUGAAAAUGAUCUUUACUCUAUUAUUAUAUUGGGAUUUGGAUUUGUUCUCCAUUUGGUAAAACAUUGUAGGCUUUCUGCCUACUUCCAACCACUAACCUAAUGGCUAAUUGACUUUAGGCCCAAGUGCAAGGGUAGAUUUGUAAGUUCAAAACGUGUUAAUGAUCUGAGAUGGAUUAGAUUGGAAUGGGGACUGGCAAAUAGCACUUGUGGGGCACAUUCGCAUGCUCCAGUAAAUGAUAUGGGCGCUCCUUCUUACGUCAUGGGCCGCUCUUUGAAAUGACACUAAUAACCUCACUGGAUAAUGAAUUAUUCUGGAUAAUGUUGGUUUAAAUAAAAUUUGCUUCUCUUUUUGCAAAUAAGAUAAACAUUUUGAUAUUUUAACUUAAAACUUUAAAACCUUUUUUUAAAAAAUAUUUUCAACUAAUAUUAGAAACUAAAAUUAUAAACAAAAUGACAACUUUUAACACAGAUAAUUGACUUUUGUUGCUUAAACAUUUUAAUGAUAAAGUUAUUUAUGCCAAAUCGGAAAAACAAGUGAAAAUGUGGGUGCCCAAUGAAAAAAAGAGUGUCAAAAAUAAAAAAACCUGGCUUUACAAAUUAAUUAUCUCAUUUCUAACUUUUUAAAACUCCAAAAACCAAAAAAGUUUGUUUGAAUGGUCAAAAGAGAAAGCCCACAAACCAGACUACUUACUUCACACCCUUAAAAAACAUAAAAUAAAAAAAUAAUAAAAAAAGAAAAUUUUUUUUCUCUCUCUCACUCUGUUUUUUCUUAUUAAAAAAAAAAAAAAACCUUCAUAUUUUAUUAAUUAAAAAAAAUUAAAUAUAUUUUAAUGAGGAAUAAUAAUAAUAAAAAAAAGAGCUAAUAAUUUAGGGCUCUUCUUUGACUGUCACCAGCGCAUCAUAACACAACCACACACCAAAAAACACAAAAAAGCCAAAAUAAACUCAACACACACUCUCUCUCUCUCUCUCUUUCUCUCUCUCUCUCUCACACACAAUCCAAAGGAGGAAAAUCAAAACCAAAAAAAAAAGAAAAAAGAACAGAGCUUUUUCUUCACACAGCUUCAAAAUC